UUCCGAACUGACAAAAUCACACCGUCAGAUUGACGGAGGCUCUGUCACGCCUCCUUUUCUUCAUCCUACUCCUCUGUGUAGCUUAUCGGUUCCGCCGCGGCAAUUAGCCCCGGUCCGUUUCCACAGUGUCUUAAGUAAAUCAGGGCUCUCGCCGCGGCUCGUCUCUGUUUGACCCGCAGGCUGUUUGGAUAUCACCUCUGUGCCUGACUGGAACAUCGUGUCCUUGACAUAAAGAGGAAGAAUGACAGCCAAGCACCGAAAAGGGAAAAGCAACCACAAACAAGAGGAUAACUUUUUUAAAAGUGAGCUCUUGGAAACAGAAGUUCGCCCUGGUGGGAACAACCACACUCCUCUGCUGGUUUUAGUUUCGGUCGUUGUGAUCGGCUGGGUCGCCGGUGCAUGGUUUUUUUUCCAGCAGCACCUAACUUUAACUGACCUAACAGACAACGUCAUGGGCAUUCAGGUGAAAAUAGCCAAACUUCAGUCUUCUCACGAGGAGCUGAGGCUGUCACAUACAAAGCAACAUGUUUCAGAGAACGUGAACACACGACUGGCUUCGUUGGAGGAGUCUUUUGCACUGACUCAGAAACAGGUGGACAUGGCCUUGGCUACGGCUGAGCAGCUGAAGACGUCCGACCUCCCUGCUCAGGUGCUGUCUUUGCACACUGAGAUGAAAACCCGUCUGGCAGAAGUGCAGCAAGCCACCGUGUCUCUGGAGCAACUGAGCCAGUUGCAGAGCAUGCUGACGGGGAAGAGUGUGGAGUUUGAGGACAUCAGGAUGCAGAUGGAGGGUUUGGCUGUUCUGAGCAGUGAUCUGUCCCACAAGGUUGAGGACUUGUCUUUGAACUUUGCUGAAGCUGAUUCAAAGAUGGAAGAAAGGAUUGCCCAGAUUACCACAAUGACUGCUAACUUGGAUGGACAGACCAGUGAGGUGUUGAAACUGAAAGAUCAACUGGACACUUACCAGGCACAGCUGGUGGAAAUGGAUAAUCUCAGGGCGUUCCUUGAAAUUAAAGAGUCCCAGCUGUCCCUGAAGGCCAGUGAAGAGGAGCAGGUGGUAGACCAAAUACAGCCUCCUGCUGAGUAUCUUGAAAGGAAAGAGGCAGAUGACACUGAGAAAAAAGCGGUGGCCGAGGAUGGACAGGUAACUGAUGAUGAAGAAGAAUUGGCUGCAGCUGAUGAUGAAAAAGACGAAGAGGUGGCUGAAGCUGCUGUGGAGGAAACGGCAGCUGCAGAAACUGAGGAGGAAGAAGACAUGGCAGCUGAAGAGAACCAGGUAGCUGGAGCAAAUGAGGAACAAGUAGACAAUGCUGGCACAAGUGAAGAAGAAAAAGAGCCUGCAGAACUUGAUGAAAAGCAAAUAGAAGAGGAAACAGAACCUGAUGAAGAAGAAGAGGAGGCUGCAGAACAUGAUGAGGAAGAAGAGCAGGCUGCAGAACAUGAUGCGGAAGAAGAGCAGGCUGCAGAACAUGAUGAGGAAGAAGAGGAGGCUGCAGAACAUAAUGAGGAAGAAGAGGAGACUGCAGAACAUGAUGAGGAAGAAGAGCAGGCUGCAGAACAUGAUGAGGAAGAAGAGGAGGCUGCAGAAGGUGAUGAGGAAGAAGAGGAGGCAGGAGGACAUGAUGAGGAAGAAGAGAAAGCUGCAGGACAUGGUGAGGAAGAAGAGGAACCUGCCGAACCUGAGGAUCAAGAGGAGGCUACCAAAAUUGAGGAGCGAUUGGAGGAUGUUGUCAAAUCUGAGGAGCAAGUAGAAGAGGCUGCUGAAACUGAAGACCAGGCACCUACUGAGGAAGAGGAAGCUCCCACAACUGAGGAAACAGAAGAGGUACCUGCAGCACCUGGAGAGGUAGACAUAGAAAAAACUCCAGAAGACGCACUUCCAGCAGCUGAAGAUGGACAGGAACUGUCUUCAAAGAAAGAGUCAGGAGAGUCUUUGCAACAGGAAGAGCAUGCAGCAGCAGAUGAACAAUAUUCAUCUCCUGUGGAGCAGAAAGACAGAGAGAUGGAAGAAACCGCUACUGAAGAGGAGGGAAAUGACACGGAGCGCAAAGACUUGAUUGCUGGGUCAGAAAGCAAGACAGAUUAUGACGAAAAAGUUCAGGAGGAAUCGACAGCCCUAGAGGAGAAACGAGAGGCAGAGACAGAGGAUAAAAAUGGCAAAAUAAAAGAGAAGACUGAAGAACACCAAGAACUACCAGCUGAAGAGGAGCAACAGGAAGCAGAAGAAGACGAGUUAUUGGAAGAAUUAGCUUUUCCAGAAAAUAAAUGAAGCAAGUAAGAAAACCACUUUUGUGUUCGAUAAAUUGAUUUAUUGGACUCAGUGAAUUGAAAAUCCAAUGGCUUGUAAUAUUAUUCACUCCUUGAACAUGUUCAUAUUUAUCAUGUUAGGUGUCCAAAUUAAUUGUUUUAUGUGACGGACCAACACAGAGUACAGUUGAAUGUGAAUUGGAAGGGAAUAAAUAUGAGGCUUUCAAAAUAACAUUUUGACAAGUAUGCCAUUAUUUUAUUACAUUUAAAAAUCUUCUUAAGUCAAUCUACAAAUUAAAAGUUUUGUACUAGCUCUUUAGAAAAAUUGCUCAAGCACAUUCAGAAUUUCAGUUUUUUUUGGAAACCACUGAAGUCUUUGAACAGCAAUUCUGAGAUCUUGCCUUAUCUCUUCCUUUGUAUUUGGCUCCGUCCAUCUUCCCAUGAACUCUGAUCAGCUUCCCUGAACCUGCUGAAGGAACAACAUCCCCACAGCACCAUGAAACAGGGCUUCUAAUGACUUUCCUUCAAAAAUGUCAUGUUUUACUUUUGUCUUCAUGAUGCUUUUUAUUCACCGGAGUUCUCUAACAGACCUCUGAUACCUUUACAGAACAGCUGCACUAUUAUUGAGAUUAAAUUGGAUAAAAGUGAGUAUUUAUUUAAUAGAUGACCCCUGGAAGCAAUUACUUUAACUGGAUGUACUCUGGCUAUAUUGGAGUAAAGGGAAUAUACUAUAAAUGCAAAGUCACCCUUUAAAUUUUUUAUUUAUUUUUUGUACAAUAUUGAAAACCUUGUUUUGUUUUUGUUGGUCUGUCACUUAAAAUUGACUAAAAUGACAAACAAUGAAAAUGUUUGGGUGUGAAUAUUUUGUGGUACAACAGACACUGAGACUACUUUUGACAAGAUGCCCCUUCUGUUACAUUUCUUAUGUAAUCUGAUCUUUGUUACAGGGCGUGGCUGAUAAUUCUUUUUUUUUUUUUUUGUUGGUAUGCUGAAGAAAUCCACCAAGAAGAACGGAAACUUUUUCAGACUGUCUACACCAUGGUGUUUUUUUGUUGUUUCGUUUUGUUUGAUGGCAGAUGACGUUUGGAAGGCAGACCAAAUCAGAGUGCACUGAAAAGAUGAAAUUUAGUUGAUUUUUUAAAAUGUUUACCUCUCAAUAACAAUGCCAAAAGCCUUAAUUCAUAACAGAGUUACCUUUUCAAAGAAAAUGAUCCACUAUUUAUAAGUCCCACUUUUCCCAUCAUGUCUCUGCACAAACUGAAAGAUUUAACCAAGUAACAUAAGAAGCCAUUGCAUAAGCUUUUUCAGUGCAAUAAAAUCCCAUGCGGCUUUCUCUCGGUAAUUCAGCUGACAAAGUGGGAGUCAUCUAUUAUAUGGAUUCAUUACACAUGGCAUCAUGUUUUGCAAGCAUUUAUUUCUGCUACUUUUUAUAAUUAUGGCUUACAGCUAAUGAGAACUCAAAAUCAAAUCCCAUGUCCUGGUUACGCUUGUUGGAAGCUCUGCACAAACUCUUUAAUGGGUUUGCAUCACUUUCCUCUCAAGACUACUUCCCAUGUUGUUUGUGUACCUUUUUUAACCACACUAAUUUCCUUUUAUUCAGUUUUCCUUUAAUAACUAUUAAUAUAUGAACACAGUGUUAAUUUUUAUGCUGCAUUAAUACAUUGCCUUCUGUGAGCAGUCAGCUUCAUCAUCACUUUUGGAUGUUUGGUUGUGGAGAGAAGUAAUUGCUUUCUGCUGGACUCCUAUCAAGACAGCAGUCUUCACUUCAUGAUUGCAUACAUCAAACAGGGCCCUUAGCACAACAUUACUGUGCUAAAAUCUUUUUUGUCGUAGCUCAUAUGUGAUAUAUAUGUGUACAUUUUCAUUCUGAAAUCGAAUUUGGGUUCCCAACCAUCAAACUUAACAGAAUUAAAUACUUGAAUAAUUUUAUAAUUAAAAUUAGUCUAAUAAAGUAGUGGAAUUAAUUGUAAAGUAUUGACAUUGCAAUUAUAUAUUUUACUAAGAUGUACAUGUAAAAUUCAAGCUAGAUUUGUAUACUCAAGAUGGUCAAAAAAAUAGAUCGACUUAUUUCUUCAUCAGUAUUUUAUAACUUCAUAUUCAUAAUUUAGUUUACUAUACAAUGGGAGGAUUUAUUCUCAGAGUGAAGACUGUUUCAUGCAGCCUUUAAAUGGCACAGUGAAGAAGCUCAGGGACAAAUCAUUCUUUACAUAGAUGGCUAAACGGUCACCGCUAAACUAUAGCAACAUUAUGAUGCCUAACAUUAGACACACUUGAACAAAAAAAGAGCCCAAGGUUUUAAACAAAUUUUGGUGUGGAAAUGAGCUUGUAUGAGGCCAGUGCAGAAAAAAAAGGAGACGAUACAUCAACUAGGUUAACCACUUCAAUUUGCUGUGUCAUAACUUUAUAGUGUCAGACAUUAAUUAAAAAUAUGUCCUGGGCAAUAAUAUUUAAAGGAAUAUGAAACGAUGGUUUUCAUGGUUCCUUUGAUUGCAGUCACAAAUCUCAUCUGCUGUAUAUGUAUUGGAAGUAAAGCCACAUCAGACUUUUUCAGAACUCAUCAGGAAAAGCCUAUUGAUACUGUGAAUCCUCACAUGACAGUUAUUGUUUGCUGCAAACUAUGAUAAAGUCAAAAUAUGUUACUUUGUGAAUUUUUACUGAAUCUGUCUAUACUGUUUUCAUUUGAUAUGGUUUCUGUUAAUGUAUGUCGGUAACCCCUGUUGUUAAAAUAAACCAUCUUUCCUUUCCUUUUA